UGUUGUGACGGGAUUCCGCCAAAAAUGAAUUCCGGCGUGGCGGAACACACGAGACUUAGUGAAGAUUGCUUGGACAAUUCUGAAGAAUUUUCACCACCUGAAAGGAUGAUGCAGGUGCGUUAUUUCGCGCGCAUAGGUAAGGUUAAGAACCUCUGCCAGUGGGAAGACUCUGGAAUUACUAUGUCAGGACCGCCUUCUUCACCCUGGUGGAACAGCAAACGACUACGCCUAGAUGACAGUUGUAACAAUUUAAAUGAUACCUUAAAUAGUGCUUCCAAAAAUAAUACAAAAUGGUCAUAUUCAGGAGAUGCAAAUCUUGUUGAACCAGAAAUUUUAGAAGAUAUGGGUGUUAGUAUGUUAGAAGAUGAAGCGUCAAGUUACGAAAGUACAAAAAAGACUGGUUCUCUGGAACGGACAACUUCACCAAUUAUUUCAGAUAACAGUGGACAAUGUGAUAAAAUUAAUAGUUUUCAAAGUCAAGAAAAUAUUUAUAGAGGUUCCAAUUUUGAUACCGUCAGUAUAGACAGCUUUGAAGCUACUCGAAGAUUAGAUCAUGAUCCAUAUGAAUCUGAUGAACUUACAACAUAUUCAACAAUUGGAAAUGAAUCUGGUUAUUCUUCUAAAAUGGAAAUAGAUAAUUUAAUUGAUACAAAAGAAACCUUUUCAAAAAAUGAUCUUAAUGAUUCUUCUGUAAAAAGUAGUCUUGAACAAUUUUAUCUUUAUAGAAGAAAAAGAAAACCUUCAAUUGUUGGUGAAGAUAAAUUUAACAAAUUAUCCGAUGAAAUGAUUUUAAUGAUAUUAAAGUGGCUUCCAAAAAAGUGUUUGGUACGUUCCAUGUUGGUUUGUAAACGAUGGUGUCAAAUAGCGCGAGAUGAAGCAUUAUGGAGCAGAUUAGAUUUAGGCAGUAAAGUAUUAAAUGAAGGUACAUUAGGUCACAUAUUACCAAGAGGUGUGCAAAUACUUCGACUCGCACAAGCAGAAAUUGCCGAUCCUGUAUUUCUUGAGAAUAGUGAAGUUCUUACUGAUGGUUAUAUUAGUAAAUUACAGUAUUUAGACCUCUCAAUGGCGGUAAUUUCACCAAAUGGAUUGGCUAUGUUACUAUCUAAAUGUAAAUAUCUUAAAAAAUUGUCUCUAGAAAAAUGUACAGUAAAUAGAUUGUGUUGCAAAGCUAUUAGUGAUAAUAAUGAUUUAGAAAUAUUAAACUUAACAAUGUGCGAGGGUUUAGACAUGGAAUGUAUCAAGAAUUUGAUGAAACUUAAAAAUCUUAAUGCUGUCAAUAUGGCUUGGUGUAGUUUAGAUAUUGAGACUAUGAUAUUACUUUGUAAAUCUUUGCCUCCGUCCGUUACACGUUUAAAUAUAGCUGGAUGCAGAAAAACCAUGACAGAUGAUAAUGUCAAAGAUUUAGUAAAAAGUUGUCCAGAUAUAAUAGAAUUAGAUUUGAGUGAUUGUACUAUGCUUACAAUGAAUACUGUUCGUAGUUUACUUGAUUUGUCAAAAUUAGAACAUUUGUCGCUAAGUCGUUGUUAUGGUAUACCUCCUUCAACAUAUGUAACAUUGGCAUAUAUGCCAUCUUUGCUAUAUUUGGAUGUUUUUGGUGUAAUACCUGAACCAGUACUAAAAACAUUACAAGUUACCUGUGGUGAAACUCAACUUAAUAAAUAUCUAUAUAGUUCUGUUGCAAGACCAACAGUUGGUGUUCGAAGAACAAGUAUUUGGGGACUUCGUGUUAGAGAUUGAAUGAAACUGUAACAUUUAUCUAUAUAAUUAGUGGUAAAUAAUCAAUUUAAUACCAAAGGGAUAUUGAAAUGUACUUGUGUGCCUUUCUAUUAAGUGUCUUUUUAACAAGAGACUGAUCUUAUGGUACUAUCAAAAUAAAAGCAAUACAUUUUUUUGUAUAAAAA